AGCUUUUCAAUUCAUGCUUGUUUUAGCUUGACAGAAAAAUCGAACUGUAGAUUCACCGGAGUUGCUGAAAGCCACGUGGAAUCUCAUCUCCCUCCGAGCUCGCAGAGGGUGGUCAGCCAUGGCCGUCGCCGGAAACUCCAGGCCAAUCACAUUCUCCAUCGAUUCCCCGCCGCCUUCACUAUCCCUCUCGCCUGAUCAGUAUCAAUACUGCAUCGACGCACUGAAAUUCUUCAAGGAUAAGCUCCAGAAGCCACAAGAGAUCAGCCGAGAAUAUGCUAUCUUAGAGGCCAGUACGAUAGGACAAUCAGAGAUGAUGGAUAGAUUUUCUGUGGCUCUUGGAAGCAAGAAUAAAGACAAAAAUCGAUAUUUAGUUGUUUUGCCUUUUGACGACAACAUGGUUGUUCUUAAUUCACACAAAGGUUGUGAACCAUCAGCAGGUGAUUACAUCAAUGCAAGCUACAUUGAGAUUUCAUCAUCAGAAAGCAUAUCUAGGUUCAUAGCAACUCAAGGCCCCUUACCUAAUACCUUUGAAGAUUUUUGGGAGAUGAUAAUUCAGAACCAUUGCCCUGUUAUUGUCAUGCUCACUGGAUUGAUUGAAAAUAACAAGAUCAAAUGUGAUGAUUAUUUUCAGACUGAAGAUGGCCCUAGAGAUUUUGGCAACAUUUAUAUUACCACCAAAUCAUUUGCAUCAACUAACACUGGUUUGGAGAUGCGUAAUUUGGAGGUUAAUUACAAAAAGUCAGACAAACUGCCACCGUCUGUUUUGCAUAUUCAUUAUCCUGAAUGGCCUGAUAAUGGAGUUCCCAUGGAUACAGUUGUUGUCCGUGAAUUAUUGAGACAAACUUAUUCUAUACCACCUAGUUCAGGGCCAAUUGUCGUCCAUUGCAGUGCUGGUAUUGGUCGAACUGGAACAUAUUGCACCAUUCACAAUACUCUCCAGAGAGUUUUUGUUGGGGACAUGUCUGCUUUGGAUUUGGUUGAAACUGUAAGGAAGUUUAGACAGCAGCGAGAUGGGAUGAUCCAAACAUUGGAUCAAUAUGUAUUUUGUUACAAAGCCAUUGUUGAUGAACUUGAAGAUCUUGUCUCCCAAUUCAACCGUUGAGAUAAUGUUGUGCUGUAAAACUCAAUGUUCGUUGACAGCUAAGAUAUGUAUCUUAGCUUUGCUUUUUAUUUUUGUUGUGCUGUAAAACUCAAUGUUCGUUGACAGCUAAGAUAUGUAUCUUAGCUUUGCUUUUUUAUUUUAUUUUGAGUGGCUAUAAUUCUGAUGCUAAAACUAUCUAUGUAUAAUAAAUGUCUCAUUUCACAAGCCAAAUAAGAUUGCUUGAGCUUAAAGGAGGGUAAUAUAUAUCCCCCAUUUGUUUGAUUGAUCCAGUUUCUAUCAUAUAUAUUGAUAUUUGAUGUGAGGAAGAACAAACACUAAGCUUAAUUCCAAAUUAUUCAUAUCUAUAAUCAAGUGUUGUUUUUUAGUUUUUUGUU